AUGAAAAAGUUGAUAUUUACCCUUUUUGCGCUUUUCGCCUUGGUAUGUUCGCUAAAGUCCGAGGUGGAUUUUAAAAUCGCCUUCGAUGAGACUAGUGAUUCUCCUGCUGCCCAUCAAGAGCCAAUCCUAUCAACCAAAUAUGCACCGUUGGAAGCCAUCAAUAUCAGUGACGAAAACUUUGAGAAAACCUUUCUCGGCGCUAGAGAUGAAUAUUUAGUUGUUGUUUAUGUCAAUGGAUCCUUCUAUGUUCUUGAUUCUCAUUUUAAUGAGAUGAAUCUUACGCGCCACUUUAAAAACAAUGAAUGGAAAACGAUGGAACCACGUCCAGAGUAUCUAGCUCCAUUCUCGCCUGCUGGAAAGGCUAUUUCCAUGCUUGCAACUAGCGCCAAUAAGGCCAUUUCGCUAAUCGAAGAUAUGAAGAAAGAAUAUUCAUCGACCACCGUUUAUGGCAUAUUGCUCGCAAUUCCCAUUAUUCUUCUGUUCAUGAUUCUUCUUCUCACUAAAAAGACCAAAAAUGCCCCAACAUCAUCCACUUCGGUUCCCAGUCGAAAUAAAUUUGCCAACAGCACCUCCUCGCCAGAACCUACACUCAAAAAGAAUCAAUGA